CCCAAACGACAUGACAGUUUCUCACUCUUCGUCAGGUUCAAUUGCGUACUCCUUCGAACAGACGACAAAGGCAUUGUGAACUGUCGCUCGUUCGUCCGAUGGACCACUACCCAGCGUCUCCCCCUCCGUGGGGUUACUUUGCGUCCCACGCCAUGCGAAGCGACGCUUAGACCGAGGGCAUGAUUGUCUGGCUGUGUCCGCCGGUCUUCCAAAGGACAGACGCGCCCAAGACUUUCACUCGACUCUCUCGCAAUGCAAUGCGAUCAAUUCUGAAAAAAAAAAAACCCAAAAAACUCCAUGACACUUCAACCGCGCAGACAGACAGGCAGAUUGACGGCAGCGCCCAUCUACGGGCGGAUGGCCGAAUAGGUAGCUGGCCCAGUUGCUCGACGGCCUUAGUAACUACUACCAACAGGAGCAGCCGAACAGGAACAGGAACAGGAACUGGGCCUGACUGGUGA